AUGGACCUGGGUGAAGGAAUGUGUAUGGUGUGUGGUGAUCGGUCGGCAGGUAAACAUUAUGGUGUUAUGGCUUGUUAUGGCUGUAAAGGUUUUUUUCGACGAACGAUUCGAUCUGGGCAGACGUAUUCGUGUCGUUUUAUGCGUAAAUGUGCCAUUGAUAAAGAUCAACGAAAUGCUUGUCGUUUUUGUCGAUUUCAGCGUUGUUUGGAAGUUGGAAUGGAGCCUGAUGCAAUACGACCUGAUCGUGAUAUAAUUGGCAAACAAAAAAAUCCUCGACGUAAAAAGUUAAGAAGAGAAGAAAGUUCAUUGCCAUCACCGAGUGCUGAAUCUUAUUGUUCACAACAAGAAGAUGCAUUGUUAACAUAUCUUUUGGAUACAGAAUUGCAAGCAAUGAGCUCAGCAAAACAACAGUUGAAUACGUCGAUUGGAAUAGCAAAAGUAAAAACUGAGCCUGAUUCCGAACUUUGUGCUAUAUUUCUUAACAAAUAUACAUUGGAUAUUGAUCGAUUCGAUAUGUGUUAUGAAGUUGGCCGAAUUGCUACUGUUGAGCAGUUGUCGCAAGGAAUAAGGCGAUAUAUCGCUGCAGCUGUAGAUUGGAUUGAUGCAUUAUUUUCACUUACAAAUCUAUCCGAGUGCCACGAAAAGGUUUGUGUAUUGAAGAGUGCUUUUGCUGCAUUUUGUGCAUUUAGUCAAGCAGCUCGAACAGCACAAACAACAACUGAUAUAGAUCUUCUUUGUUUAUGCAAUCGCACUGUUGUACCGAGGCAGACACCUAGACAUUUACUUGAAAAUAAUCUUCUAUCGAAUAAUAUGACUGCUCGAAUUUUGGAUGAUUUAGCUCAACCGAUUCGUAAACUCGUUUUAAAUGAAGCUGAAAUUGUUGCUUUAACGGCAUUGGUUCUUUUAGAUGCAGAUGCACCUGGCUUGAGUCAUGACUCAUCUCGCGUUCUGUCAAUGUUGCGAGAUCGAGUGCAGCAUGCUUUGUUUCAAAUGAUUAGAGAUCGAAUUUCGUCUGAUCAACCGAUAUCAACUGCAAUUUCAAGAUUUGGGAAUAUUUUAUUACUUUUGCCGCCUUUAGCGAAAAUCUCAUCAUUGCUUUGUGAAAAUGUUCAAUUCGCCAAAAUGUUCGGUUGUCAAUCGAUAGAUCCACUUCUGAUUGAGAUUUUUGUGGAUUCGCCAAGCGAAAUAAUACCAUCAACAUCAAUUAAAGAGCGUAUGGAUGUCUCGACACAAACUUUUAUUGUACAACCAGCGUCGCCUUUAACACCACCACCAACUGCAACUCUACCAUGUUCAGGUUUAUCACCAAUAAUCACUACUUCAACUCACAUUACAAGUACACCUCAACGUAUUACUCCAAUAUUAGUGCCACCAAACGGUUCUUCAAAUCCCUCAUACAAUUUUUAUUUUCCAUAUUCGAGUCAAUUUUCGUCAACAGGUAAUUAUGUGAAUCAAUCGCCAUAUGCUUCACAAACUGGAUUUUUCGAUCCAUCUUCUUCGGCAUCACAAACGGCUGUCGAAGUUUCGAACAACUUCCGUUUCUUGUAA